CAGGCAAUGAAAAGGAACAGACUUUUUGUGGCAUUCUUUAUUUUAUUUUAUUUUAAAGCUUUAAAAAUAAUAAUUUUAUUCAUAUAAAAACAAAAAUGGUAUUUCGGAAAUUUGCUGAAAAAGCAGCAACUAUUGACGCAUUUCCUAAAGUUGAGGAUGAUAAUCAACAACGUAGCGAGAAAGGUGGGCUUCUAACUCUGUUAGUUGCUUUAUGUUUAUUUUUGUUAACCAUGAGCGAGUAUUCUGAUUAUCGUAAAAUUCAUACCAAUUAUAAAUUCUUGGUUGAUUCAACUAUUGAUACAAAGAUGCAAAUUAAUAUCGAUGUAACAGUUGCAAUGCCUUGUCCAUCUUUAAUGGUUCACGUUAUAGACGCUACAGGUCAGCGUAUAAAAUUAACAGAUGACCUUCGACUUAUUCCAGCUGAAUUUUCUGCUCGUACAGCUACAAAAUAUAGACAAGUAGAGGAUCCAAAAUAUAUUCAUGAAAUUAUUAAGGCUGCUAGUGGAAAACAAUACAAUCAUGAAAUUGCUAAUGAUAUGGGAGCAUGUAGAAUAUACGGUUCACUUAAUGUAAAUAAGGUUGCUUCUAAUCUCCAUAUUACUUCAGAUGGUCAUGGCUAUGCCAGUUUUACUCAUACAAGCCAUAAUUUGCUUAACUUUACACAUCGUAUUGAUGAAUUCUCGUUUGGACAGCUUUAUCCUAAUUUAGUUAAUCCUUUAGAUGACAGUAUUGAAAUCUCUGAGACACCCUUUGAGAUGUUUCAAUAUUCAAUUUCAGUUGUUCCUACAACCUAUAUUGAUCAUAAAAACAACAUUUUACUUACUAAUCAAUAUGCAGUAUUAGAUUUUCAUAAACAAUUCCAAGAUGGUCGAGCUGUUCCUGGGAUAUUUUUUAAAUAUGAUAUUGAGCCUAUUUCUGUUCAAAUUAGCGAAUCUCGUCAACAGUCAUUCUUACAUUUUAUGGUUAGAUUAUGUGGUAUUAUUGGUGGCUCUGCCAUUACAGUUGGAGCGAUCUAUAGAUUAGUCAACUUUAUUAUAACAGGUGGAAAAGAAGACUCCAAACUCUAUACUUCUACACAGAAUUUCAUGAGAAAAGUUUAAAUAAAUCAUCUCAUUUACUAUACAGUUUAUAACCAA